AUGGAUCUGAGCGAGUUCAAGUCCCUCAGAAGUCUACAUAUUUACCACGUCUUUCUCUGUGGAUUGCAUGGUCCGUACGGGGUCUGGAAAGGCUUACCCCACAGUCUGGAGGUGUUGGAGAUCUUCUACGACGAUACAUACUACACUCAAUUCUUACAUGAGAAUGAUGAUUCGCCGCACGAUCCUUUUGUUCUUGAUUUGAUCAAUCACAAGAGGGCGCAUCUUCCAUAUUUGCACACGGUGACCAUCCGCUCGUCGGAAAAAGUCGAUGAUGCCGAGACAGGGGAGGAACUGCCCGUGGGACUCUGGACACUGCCAUCGCUCACGCGCGAAGCUGAGUCCGCUGCUAUAAAGUUGAACGUGGAACUGGGAUACCGAGAUGGUCCAACUUUGAGAAGACUGAUGUCUUCAAGUCACUAA